AUGCUGAAUGACUACAACAAAGAAGUGCUUGUGGCUUUGAUAAAGGCAGAUCUGGCGCUGGCAACAGAAAACGCUGCCUACGGCUUAUGGGAGUACACUUGCAAGAUGCUCGACAAAACAAUGAAGCAGCACAUUGGCGUCGAUGCUGCGGAGACUCUGAAUCUUGUCAAAACUAUGAUAGAACACGGUUACUUGGAGAUGUAUGAAAACGCCAACAGCACUUCUGGACUGAAAGAGAUACGAGCGCUGUUUGGCAUCGAAAAGCCCUCAGGAUUCAACGCCAACGUGUCAAUCAUCGAAGACCUAUUCAUCCUCGUAUUGGACUCCACGACCCAACGAGAUUAUCUGAAAAACAGUGGUUUCGAUAUCGCCGUUCUGAAGUGGGCCAUCUUAUACGAUUCCGUAUUUCUCUUUGACAAUCUUCUUCAAGGCGGGGUCAAUGUCUGCAAAAGAGAGCAUUCACUUCACGCGUUGGAGUUCUUAUGUUCCAACGGCAGUGGUCCUAACGGGCAUAGAAUGCUAGUCAGGAUGCUCGAGAAAGUAGAGAAGGCUGAUCUCAACCAGUUGACGCCUUCUGGAGAGGGUUGGGGCUUGCUUCAUCGACUCGGGUUAGUAGAUGGUCGCGGUGACAGCGUGUUCGGCUGCCCGAAUUUCCGCUCUACAACCGCUUGGAUACCGGACACACCCCCUCCACCGCCGCCGCCUCUGGGAUACUCCAGAAUCGGUACUACAGGAUUUGCUCAGGCCAGACGACCGCACAGCAACCAGAAGUUUAACUUGGUACAUCGUUUGCUGCUGGAACAAGUCGACUGUCAGGUUCUCAGCACCAAAAGCCACUUUUCGCCCCUCAGCACGCAUAUUAGCGCCGGCCAUAUCGAUACAGCAAGGUUGAUUCUUCGUCAUGGCGCAUACCAGACCUUGCAUGUUCCGGACGUGAACGGCUGGACGCCGGUAUCAUGGGCAUGUGUCCACGGAUACGUCGAUUUUCUCGAGGACAUUGCCGCUGCUCAUUGUCCAGAACCCAUCUGGGACUUUCGAGUGCAAGUAGCAUUAGCAACGUCGAAAUUUGGGGCGAAGACGUUCAAUGACAUCAGCGCUCUGCAUCUCGCAGCAAUUGCAUCGCCGGACACGGUCACAUUCCUACUUGAUCGUGGUUUUGCCACCAAUCUUGACGUCGCUGCGGCAGAUUUCUCUACUCCUCUGCACCUCGCAACCUUUUUCGGGCUGACGGAGACUAUCAAAAUCCUGGUGUCUCGGGGUUGCAAUAUCAAUGCUCAGACUUCCGCAGGUCUGACUUCGUUGCACAUAUCUCUCCUGCACCAAGACGAAACGACUGUCGCGCUUCUCCUCGAACUAGUCUUCGAAGAGUUCCGGCAGAUUCGACAAGAAAUGAAACUGAACGGGUUCAAAGGCAUCUAA